CCGCCAAAGAAACUCCCCCCCGUGGCGCGCCCCGAGACGCUAGCAACACUGGGGGCUUGCGUUCAUUCCCUGGCCUUGGAAGGGGCUAUGGUAUGGGAAAGCAUGGCUUGGCUUACCCCACCUUGAGAUUCUUCGUCUUCUUCCUCUUUCUUCUUCUCGGCUCAUCUUCGUGUUUCCUUGACUGCCCAUAUCAUACGAAAUCGCUGUUUGCCAUGCGGGCAGAGCUGGGUUCUUCCCCUCACUGUCCCGUGAGUCUUUGUUGCUUGUGGCACUCCUUCUGUGGAGCAGCCGAACUCUCACGGGAACUCUCACGGGAAUUUGUCUAGGUUUGGAGGAAAGGUGAGGUUAGUUUCUGAGUCGUCAUCGUGUUGUUCUGGUCCUUCUUCGUGGGUGUUGACAGGUUGGUUGUGCGGCGGUUGGGUAACAAUCUGGGUGGGUUCGUAUUGGAGAUUGAGUUGCGGGUAGUUUGGAAGAGAUUAUGUGCUCCGUGGUUAGGAGUUGCAGUGGCCAGCCGACGAGUUUGCGAGUCACGCCUGGUUUUGAAGAUCAUCGCAUGAUGAGGGACGGGUCGCAGAAUGGGACGUACCCCAACAGGGUCCCAGCGGAGUAUGGAGGUUGUGUGCUGGUAAUGCACCCCUUGCACGCAGCGUCCACCAAGACUGAGCACAUAAUGUCCAGGUACCGGCCCAUCGCACCGAAGCCGGUGGCGAAGAGCGAGGGUGCCGCCGAUCAAACAGAUACGCAUUCGAUAUCGUCUUUGUCGGCAGAUAACAGCACGACGAAAUCCUCCACUGGGACGGAAUACCGGAAGCGUUCUCGGAAGCGGCCCCCGGACGCGAAAUCCACUGGUUCUGGGAAGAAGGGGCGCGGAUGGAAGAAUUUGGGGGCGAUGACAGGGAGGAGUAGCAUUUCAGAAGGAUAUAAUGUUGAAUUUCAACCUCCGAGCCACAGUCUCACUCCCAUUUUUCCUGGGGCCGUAGCGCGUAAGUUUGGCAAUGGCGGAUUCCAGCGGUUCCAGCAAAGCUUUGAUCGCACCCGAAGUGGAGUUUCUGUUUCGUUGUCUUUGUCUGCGAAAUCUUCACUUGGGGAACUUCAGUAUGAGCAAGGGAUUGCAAGCAACUUCAACAACGCUUUGCGAGGUAACGGGGAUGAUUUGCGUCUCAACAUUGGUAUCUCGAACGCUGAAGGGCUUGAGAAGGAUAUAGGAAUCGUUGAGCGGGCCGAGACAAAUACCACACCGUCUUUGUUUUCUGGGGAACAGUCCAACCCAGGUUUGAGAAGAGAGUCUAGCUUUUUCGACGGUGCCUCAGUUCCUACCGGGUUUGGUGCGGGCAGCGAAACUCGCACCCGCUUGUUUGAGCGAACAACGACGGCUAACACCCCGUCUCUGUUCUCUGCGGAGCGCUCAAACGCGGCUUCGCGAAUGAACUCAUUCUUUGGAUGCCCUACACUGGCCUCAAGCCACGUUGCAGACAGCGAGGCCUGUUCAGCUGAGAAUGCAGGGGACAGUAGGAAAGAGAACAUUGUAACCUUAUCUCUUCUUCCCACUACUCCUUGCUUCGUCAACACUCGCUCCACGCCCUCGAACACAACCUCCUCUCUUCUGCGCUCUGAUAUUCGAUGGUCUUCUGCGAAGGAAGCAAACUCAAGUAGUGGUGAUUUAAACACGAGCUUGACCAUGUCGAGCAAAGGGAGGUGGUUUGACGAAGAGGCUCCUCUUAGCGGGAGCGCAGCAGCUCCUCAAAGCUUCCGGUCUUUCUCAGACCCACCAGCAGAAGCAUCCCAAGACGACGCAGGAGAGCAAGUUGUGGAUGCGCACUACUUGGAGCAGCGGCACGGUGGAUCGUCCGAGGCGGUGAUGCUAACUGAUGAGCAGGAUGGAGUGUUGUGGGUCAAUUCAGCGUUCAAAAGAUUGUCUAACGAAAGGAUGAGCAGUCGAAUGCAGGCAAUUGGACCACACAUCGAUCCUCUAGGUAUUCGCACGCAGCUUGCAACCCUGUCAUACCAGCCGCCGUUUCCUGCAUCUAGGUGUAAGGCGGUGCUGUGGGGAUUCCUGAAGAAAUUCAUUAUGCACGAAGGAGGGACUCACAAACCAUCCAAUCUUUUAGAAGGACAAUUCAAGGUAACCUCUCCGCAAGCGAAGGUGAUUGCGCCCCUACCGGUGAGCGCCUUGGGAUCCACCAUCACCGUGGAAAGCAUAGAAUCGCUGGACCCACAUGCUGCUCCCUUGUCCGAGGAUUUUGAGUCUGUCCUGGAAACCCUGAGCACAGUUGACAUGCCAUCGGUCAUCACAGAUCUCAGGUUUCGUGUGAAGUGGAUAAACACUGCCUACAAGAUUAUGGUGGGACAACCCAAGUGCUCGUGGCUGGCAUCUACAGUGGGUGGGGCUGUGGAUCAUGUAGACUCGCCGGCGUCUCACCGACUUGGAGGCGAUGUGUUGCUCGUGUGUGAUGGUACUCAAUUGCCAGAAGGAAUUGCAGCUUUCACAUGCCGGGUAGGGAUUCGAUGGAGCCACCAGGGUGACCACUGCGCUACGUCUGUGCCGUCCGAGGUUGUGAGGUUGGACGAUGAAACAGCGGGUGGUUUGUUUGUUUGGGGUUUCGAUGUGUGAUACAGGAGGGAAAUAUGAUGAGGGUUUUCUCUAGAUCGAAGGUAGAAGUCCCUGUUGUGAAUACAUUCUUCCGGACUUGUUCCGUUCCAUUAUUUUAUAUCCAAGAGGUCAAAGUUGGUAAAGAGGUUGAUUACUUUGCCCAUGAUUCAGCGCCUGUUUUAGCCUGUCAGCUUCUUUUUCGCCCAUGGGGACCGUGAUUGGAAGCUUCAUUUACACCAUUCAAAUUAGAUGACUGGUGACAACCUGAGUCAACUUUUGUCCCUCCAACCAAGCUGCUCAUGCAAUGCUCGACAUUAUGGCCAUUGUAAGAUGUAUAUUCAAACGGCCCAGAUGAGCACCUGAAGACGGUGUUCACUGAUCCUUAAAUAAACGGAAGUUUUCCUGUUCUGCAA